CCCGAGGAGAAGCCGCUUUUUUUUCUCGGCUCCACAAAAGGUAACAAUGAGGCAGAGCGGAGGAGGCGAUGGACCGGGCGGUCGGACGCAGAGGCUUCGUAAACAUUUUGUGCACCCGACGGACCCCGAAAGAGAAGACUAACGACCCCCUUUUGUUCCGAACGGUGCAUGAGCUGCGAGCUUCCCCGCGGUGACAGGCCGCGGGUUUACGGCCGCCAUCUUUGAUAAUAGAAGAGAAGUUGCAGAUUGGAAGCUCAACCCAGGCACACUACGUCGAGAUCUGACGGUGUCACUCCAUUGCUUCCCCAUUCAGCACUGGAGAAAGGUAAAGUUUCUGCAGUCCCACUGGACCGUGGGACUGCUGUCUCAUUACAGAGAAGGUAACCAUUGGUGCUGAUUUUACCUGAUGGUCACCAUGCCUCAGGUGAGCGGAGAGGUUGGGAAGGAGAGUUCCUCACGAAUGAAGUGUCUCACCGCAGUCAUAACAUGUUUGGUUCAGCCUCAGACAGUUGCCAGGGAGUCUGUGGCGAGGCAGCGGAGUUGGUAUUGUUGCCGUUAUUUAAUGGGAGGAAAUCUCUGCUCCUUCGGGAUCUGGAUGUCUGGCAAGCCAGGACAAGUGUGUGUGAGACCUGGAGGGAACUUGGAGGUGAUGGUAUUCAGAUCGACUCGCAAUCCCCUGCUCCCUCUCAGCGAUACAGUUGGAAAAUUCUGCCAAAGGGUGUUAGAGAGGGAGGAUUUACAGAGCAAACACCAUACCAUGAUCUGAUGGAGGCGUCCAAUUUGUCACAAAUGGAAUGUCAUCAGAUUUUGAACAUGGAAGGGAAGAGUACCGUUCACAGUGGAGAGAAACCAUACACGUGUUCCGUGUGUGGUCAAGGCUUCAGCCAAUCUUCAGACCUCACAAAGCACAAAUGCAGUCACACCGGGGAGAAACUGGGGAAAUGUGGGGAUUGUGGGGAGGAGUUCAGUUCCCCGUCUGAGCUGGAAGCUCAUCGGCGCAGUCACACUGGCAACAGGCCAUUCACCUGCUCGGUGUGCGGGAAGGGCUUCACUCAGUCGUCUAACCUGCUGCAACACCAGGUCGUUCACACCGCGGACAGGCCCUUUAAAUGCCCAGACUGCGGAAAAUGCUACAAAACCUCCGGGGACCUGAUGUCCCACCAACUAGCUCACACGAACGAGAGACCUUUCAAGUGCCCAGACUGUGGCAAGUGCUACAAAACCUCCCGGGACCUGGUGUCCCAUCAGAACGCCCACACGAACAUGAGGCCUUUCAAAUGCCCCAACUGUGGAAAAUGCUAUAAAACAUCCGGGGACCUGAUGUCUCAUCAGCGUUCUCACUCUGAGGAGAGACCUUUCAAGUGCACACGCUGUGGCAAGUGCUACAAAACGGCCAGGGACCUGAUGGCCCACCAGCGUGUUCACUCUGAGGAGAAGCCCUUCAGUUGCUCCCACUGUGGGAUCGGCUUCAGGCGGUCGUCUGACCUCAUGGAGCACCAGCAGGUUCAUACGGGGGAGAGACCAUUCUCCUGCUCCGAGUGCGGGAGGGGCUUCACUCGGUCGUCCAACCUGCUGAGACACCAGCAGGUUCACACCGCGGAGAGAUCUUUCAAAUGCCAAGACUGCGGCAAGUGCUACACCAGCUCCUGGGGCCUGACCUGUCAUCAACGUGUCCACACCGGAGAAAGAUCUUUCAAGUGCCCAGACUGCGGGAAGUGCUUCAGGAAUCCUGUGGAGCUGAAGUCCCACCAACAUGUUCACUCUGAGGAGAGGCCUUUCAAAUGCUCAGACUGCGGGAAUCACUACACAAGUUGCUGGGGGCUGUUCUAUCACCAACGCGUUCACAUCGAGGAGAGACCUUUCAAGUGCCCGGACUGUGGGAAGAGCUACCGCAAUUCCGUGGAGCUGAUGUCCCAUCAGCACAUUCACAUGAUGAGAGACCUUUCAGGAGCUCUCAUCGUGGGGCUGGGUUCGGGUGAUCAUCUCAACUCUCAGUACACCAGCGGCUUCACGCUGGGGAGAGACCAUACACCCGCUCCGUGUGAGAAAAAGACUUAGCUCAUUUGUCCAGACAGUGGAGAGUUCACACUGGGGGAAGGGAUUCAUUCGAGUCAUCCCAUCUGCCAACACCAGUGAGUUUGUAUGUAAUUAAAGCGAUCGGGUUUUGCUAUUAAUCACAUUGAGGAGGUUAAAAAAGAAAGGAAGUUUUAAACAUCUGGAUUAAAGUCAAAUAAAUCAGCUUUGUGUUAAAA